AUGGCUCAACGUCAGCUUUCGCGCACUCUGCCGAAGAACUUCACCUUCCCCUUCCUAGAUGACGAGGUGCCCAAGACUCCGGAGCGCCCGAGCACCAAGAUUGAAGUACCGCCUCCACCUCGUCACUCUAUCUCGGGUUGCCGCUUACCGCGAGUUCGGCCUCGCUCCGGCACGGAUGUCUGCGCUCGCAUGGAUCUUGACCUUUUCCAAUUCCGAGGUUCAGACGUCCCGCUUCCCUCGAUUGAAUUUCCGCAAUCUAACGGUGCGCUUGAAGCGCCUUUCCUCGGCCAAUCCCCUCAAGAUGAGGGUCUGCUUGCACCACCUCGCGCGCGCAUGAAUUUCAAGACACCUCCCGCGCAGAUCCGCGGUACGCCUUUCGAGGCUUGCGAAACGGGGACCCCUUGGCCAGCUUGGGAUCAGACUCCUGGGCCCAUUAAACGCCCCGAGUCCGUUUGCUCGAGUUUAUCUGACUCUUCUGUUGAAUCUAUUGAAACAUUUGCUUCGCGUCCAUCUGUUGGAAGCUGCACGAGUGUGGAAAGUGACUUAUUCGAUCCAUACUUCCCUCUCGAGUUCUCCAAAGAAGCUGAGCUUGAGUCGCCUUCGCAGCGUAAAUCAUCGAACGCUUACAGGUCUGCUUCCGACAAAGGCUGGACGCGCGAGAUGGAUAAUCAUCUGUGGAACACUUAUCAAAUUUAUCUCCAAGACCCCACUAUGACUCCAUUCAAGAUGACCCCGGGCAGCAUUCCUCCCCUUGGAGUCACAUCCCGUGUUUCGCGCCGGGCUAAGAGGACAUGGGAAAACAAGCGCAGUCGUCUCGGCCAAUCUGUCUCGAUGAUGUCUGCUGAGCCUGGAACUCCCAAAGCAACUGCGGCAUCGACAUUGCAGCCAAACUGGCCCAAGACAGACGCCAAGACUCGACGUCGUCUUAAGGCACUUUGCCGUCGCAAGUUCUCUAUCUCGCCUCAUUAUCAACGCAUCAUGCAGUCGCGUACCCCCGAACCCACCGAAGUGUCCGCGCCUGCAGGUACCGGUCCUCACGCGUUCGCAGACAAUUCUGCCUAUACAACUCGUGAUCUUGGUGUCUCUCUCGUCACCUCGAAUGAGCCAAACCCAAUCGCUCGCGUCACACAGGAUCUGCCACCGUUGCAGCCAUGGAACACUUACUCAUUCAAUGACCCUGUGCCAGCCACUGUCGGGCCCGAAAAUGUCCCAACCCCCAGCCAGCAUCUCCGUGUACAAUCCGCUCACAGUAUCCCUCGUCUGGGAUCACCCUUUGUGUACAGCACUUGGGGCCCUGGUGGAUCAAACCGCCAGGUCAAGGGCAACAGCGCACCUCGCCGCGAGACUAUCCAUGCUCCAGGGCGUCGCACCCGCCGCAACACUUACCUGGAGCAGUCUAUGCGCAACGUUGAUGACGUAUUCACCAGUGCCCUGGGCGAGACCAAGAACCUCGAUGAAGAUGUCGAUCGUCGCCUUGAGGACUACCUUCAUAACAACAAGCUUCAAGACAUGGGUCAUGGCCGAGUUCGUCUCCGCAACCGUGGCGCUACGACUAGUGGAGUCAACCCUCGAGAUGUUGUCGACCAGCUUUUUUCCCCGCCUUCGUCUCUCAACUCAGGCCCAAUUGAACCUGAAGAGACCACUCCUGUAAUGAAGCCACCUGUCAACCACUUGCUAGACCUUGGUGACAAUAUCAAACGCCUUGGCUCGCCGUUCAAGAUUGAAGGUGCAUACAAGCGUCGCGAUGCUCCAAACCGGUUCAUUAGACAUGCACCCUCGCUGUCCGAUCCGUUCUCGAGCGGCGGCCCAUCCUAUGUGAGACCCACCGACGAUACCUCUCCGAUGCAAAUUUCCCCUACACACGCACCCGAGAAGACGUCAACCCCUCUACCUUACAAUGCAUUUGAGGAGGGUCUCUCCGAUGCCGAGCGAAUCCGCCGGCAAAUCUUGAAUAUGCCUUUCACGCGCAACUAG